UUUGGACAGUUGCUUUCUCUUCUUGGGAUACAUCUCCUCUCUCGCAAUCGCUGGCAAUUGGGAAGGACCUGGCAUCGCCCGUUGACAGCUCACAAUGGCUUUGUUUAUUCCCUCUGCGGUGGCCUUCAUCAGGGGCCAUGGGUUAGUCGACAUCAUGUAUUUGUAUCGCAGAGAUGCCCUGGUCUGGGUGCUCAACCCAAAUCCCUCUCGGUAGAUCCGGCCCUCAUUAGGCGCUCCAUACUCUUUGUCUAUUUCUCCUGAGCAAACUUCUCGGACUUUUGCCACUGAAGAUGUUGGCUGGUCAAGGUGUCAAGGCCGUUGCAGUAAUGUGGGCAAUGACGUUCCUCUCCUUCAUCCUAGUCCCUCUCCGGCUCUAUACGCGGGUCUAUAUCAUCAAGGCCGUUGGGGUGGACGAUCAUAUUUUCAACUUGGCCUGGGUAUUUCUUCUUCUCUACAGCAUCUUUAUCACCAUCGCCGGCAUGCACGGAUUUGGACAGCCUAUCACUGCCCUCGCGAUAGACGCCGCCGUCCAAGCUGUCUACACUGAGAUGAUCGGGCAGACUUUUGCCGUCCUGGGAAUGGCCAUUGCGAAGCUUUCGUUGGGGUUCUUCCUGCUCCGCAUCGUCAUCGAGCAAUGGCAUCGCAUCUCCAUCUGGAUCUCGAUGGUCAGCCUGUCCCUGGUGUCUCUGGUGACGGCCGUGAUUUUCUGGACGCAACGCCUGCCGUCUAACUCGAUCUAUGAUCCUCGGGUACCGGGGCGUACUGUCGUUGCUGUCACUCCGUUUUCCGUUUUACUUGGGUCCUGGUGUGCCGCGGUGGAUUUCUACUUCGCCCUUCUUCCCUGGAUCUUCAUCUGGAAGCUGAACAUGAAGUUUAAAGAGAAAAUGUCCAUUGCAAUCAGUUUGAGUCUCGGUUUCGUAGCUUGUGUCUGCGGAAUCAUUCGGACCAUCGAACUGGGCGGGUUAUCCAGCGCCAACUACACAGAGGAUACGGUCAGCCUAGUCAUCUGGUCGGGGGUCGAACUGGCCGUGACCCUCAUCUGCGUUGGUAUUCCCACCGUACGGCCCCUCUAUCGGACGAUCGUCCACGGCUCCAAUCUGGAGGACUCAGAAGGCCGAUACGUCAAAUACGAUGAUUCCAACCAGUCCUCCCGCUUCCGAAUGCGGAAUCUGGCAAAGGACGACACUCUGUUUAGUGUCGUGCAGGAGAGCAACACGGAGUCAUACAUCACUCGUGAUAAUCAGAGUGACGAAAGAAUUCUUCCAGGUCAGUAUGUUGAUAGUCAUGGCGCUAUUCGCAUUCGGGAUGAAGUGCGUGUUGAGAGAGUGUAGAGUCGGAUACAUGCCAACCUCCUUCUAUUUCAACUUUUCUUGGUCUUUUUGGUUGGGGUGGAUUUCUGUGUUUGCAAGACGGAUUCUACAAGAUACGUUGUGUUGGGGUCUUCAAAAUUUGCUUUUAUCUCCUUCAGUAUAUCUCUAUAUUAAGAAGAUACCACGCGUUGAGGCUUUCUGAUCCGGAAAAAAAAAAGUUGUCACAGCCAAAGACGGCAUUGCCC